AUGGUUGAGAAGAAGCGGUCACGUUCACGUUCCCAGAAGCCCAAGGGCCGAGAUGGCAAGAAGCGUCAGAGCCAGGACAACGGUACUACCGGUACCAGUAGCAAAUCAGUGCCCUUGCAUCCCAAGCCAAAGGCAGUUCCUCCGUACAUGGGAAUGCCAUUGGCAGAAUCUGAUGUCAUCAAGUACCAAGACAAUGACGAAUUUGAGAAAAAGGUGAAACGCUGUGUUCCUUCCGAGUUUGUCCUGAUUGCCAGUCAAGAUGGCACCAGCAAGGCACAAGAAGACUACAAUGCCAUGGAACAUUUCCAAAUCAGACCACCCAAGGGCAAAACGAGAUGGCUCUAUCAGGAACAAGCAGGAUCUGUGGCUACUUGUGCUCUGCUGCAGCUCAUGUACGAACAUCCAAAGGCGUGGGUAGCAAAAGCAAAAGCAAAACAGAAUGAUAAUCAAAACUACUUUACUACAGAACAAAUCCUUCAUGAACUGCAGCACCGCAUCAAAAAGUGCUCUCAUCAAAAUGCCAAUCCCACUAUUUCCUCGUCACGACCCCUAGGACCACCACGUCUACCAGCAGGAGUCUAUGCACCAUACUAUGUCGUUCCACCCAAGUACAUUCAUGGGACACGAAGGGCACUACUCAUUGGAGUUGUCACAGGAGAAGGCACAGAUUUGAAGGGUCCCAUCAAUGAUAUCAAGAACAUUCAACGCUUUCUCAUCAACCACUGUGGAUUCUUACCCCAAAACAUCACUCUGUUGCUAGAUACCCAGAAGGUACCACCCAACCAACGACCCACCAAGAAGAACAUUCUCAAUGGAUGGAAACACAUGAUCCAACAAUCCGAGCCCUAUGAUGUCAACUUUAUCCAAUUCUCGGGGCAUGGCAAUCGAGAUUCCAACAAUCUAUACAUUAUGCCAUCCGAUUACAAGAAGAAUGGGUACAUUGAGGAUGAUACCAUACUGAAUGAACUCAUCAAGGCAAUGCCACGGCAUGUCUACACCACAUUCCUUGUCGAUUGCUGCUACUCUGGCACUGUAGGAGAAUUGCCCUACAUUCUCAAGGCAUCGGGGGGAGAACAAGAAUUGCAAUCCAAUUUUGAUACCACCAAACUCAAAACGACCAAGAAGGCACAUCCAGAGGACGAUAAUGACAAAACCAACAGCAGCAACCAUAGCGGACUCUCCAAACGUCGUCGUCGACCAACCCAGACGAUUGAACCAUUCUACGACAUGGAUACCAAGGAUGAAGCCAAAGCCAAAGAGGCACAAGCUGCCAAGGAUGAAGCAAAGAAGAACAAGAGCAAGUUGCUCAAGAAGGCACGGAAACUCAAACGAAAUCUCAUUCGUUUUGCGGAAACCAUCGACAAGGGCGUUGAAAAGGCAUUGGCCAAGGGCAAGGAUGAUGGGUCCAAGAGUGAUGACGACAAGCAACAAAAAGCUGCCGAAAAGAAAAAGGCAACGGAAUCAGCCAAUCUUCUGCUGUCGUCCACUAUUGCCCCCUUGAAGAAGAAAAAGGCCAAGCGCAAGGAUGGAACAGGCGCCAAAAUGCCCAUUCGCAACAACAAUAAGCAAGACAAGUUGCCACUCAGACGACGGCCGGACAGUACUCUCACCGAGCAAAAAGAGCUGACAACGAAGAAGGAUGGGUCCAAAAAACAAUUCAAACAGCCAAUGGGCGUGCAAAAGGUGGCGCCGUCAGCCAAAGGCAACACACGAAGCAAUGAUGCCAAGGGUAAGAAGCCCACAACUAGCAACACCAACCACAAGAAUCAUAAGGAAUCAGACAAUCGACAGUCAUUCAGUGCCCCCAUCGAAAAGGUCAAACGCAACGAUGGAAAAGACGCAAUGAAGCCCAUUCACAACAGUAGCAGGGGCACGUUGCCACUCAACAAGCAACGGCCCAGUGGUGCUCUCCACGACCACAAAUCGGCGACACCCGCCAACAGGCACGGAAAAGCAACACCCAACAGGGAUUGGUCGAAAUCACGGCUGAAACAGCGCAAGAGCAAGACAUCUCCGCCCGCAUCAGCUCUUCGAUCGAAAUAA